AAAAGGGUAGCUGCUGUUUCUACUUGGUGCUAUUUUUUUGGACCACAAACUGCCAGCUUGGACUUUGGAAUACCCCCUUCCUUAAUUUAUUUUCCCGUCCUUAAUUGCCAUCAACAACCAGACAUACUCUUCUGCCUUUCAGGUAUAUCAGGCCAUGCAUCUCCCAACCCCACCGCAGUCACCCCAACCAGUUUCCUAUUGCGAUGCUCCGGAGGACAAGCUUGGGCUACUUCUAGCCAAUCGACUAGAGCUCACUGGUAUACUGGGAGUAGGUGCAUAUGGAGUGGUAUAUUCCGCCAUCGACAUCCAGACAAACAUUCCAUAUGCCGUCAAGGCAUUGAACAAGGCCGGUCUGGAUCCCAGACAACGAAAGUUCCAGCAACGGGAAAUCAAACUACAUCAUAUGGCCAGCCAUCACCCCAACGUUGUUUCUUUGGUCCGCAUCAUGGAUUCCCAUGAUUGUACUUAUGUUGUCAUCGAAUUCUGCCCAGAGGGGGAUCUGUUUUCCAAUAUUACCGAACGUGGCCACUUUGUAGGCAAUGACUUCCUAGCAAAGCGAGCUUUUCUCCAGAUUUUGGAUGCCGUUGAGUUCUGUCACAGUAUUGGAAUCUACCACCGGGACCUAAAGCCGGAAAACAUCCUGGUGUCAGACCGUGGUAUGAACGUUAAACUUGCAGACUUCGGCCUUGCUACGACAGAUGCCUACACCACGGACUUUGGCUGUGGUUCUACCUUCUACAUGUCUCCUGAGUGUCUACAAUCUACGCCAUCCGCUUAUGCGUCCGCACCCAACGAUGUUUGGAGUCUCGGAGUAAUCCUGGUAAAUUUAACCUGCGGCCGCAACCCAUGGAAACGAGCCUGUCCGGAGGACGCAACCUUUUUUACCUAUUUGAAAAACCCACAGUUUCUAAGGACAAUCCUUCCUCUUUCCCUAGAGCUUAAUGCCAUUUUGAGGCGCAUUUUUGAAUGUGAUCCUCAAAAGAGAAUCACAAUUCCAGAACUCCGCAAGUUAAUCCUGGAAUGUCCAAGGUUUACUGUCCGCCCAUCGGCCCCAGUCCUCUCUCCAUUGGUUACACCACCAACCCAAAGCUUGCAGUGCCUCAAGGAGCCAGUGGAAUUUGUACCAUUCAACAAUUCUUACCCUCCAUCUCCACCAGCAGAUCUCAUCGAACCUCAAUAUUCCAGCUCCGCAGUUUCCGAUACCUCGUUGUCUGAUGACGACUCGAUUUCCUCCUGCUCCUCGACCGAAUCAACCAAUAACUUCCAGCACCGAUUUGUUCCUGCUGUUAUUCCACCCAACUUCUGGGGCUCCUUCAUUCCGAUCAACCACCCUGGUCAGAAGUUGACCACGCGACAUAGGCCACUGGAACAACCUAUGUCCAUCAUCGUUCAAUCCUAA